CAAAUCAGACCGGGCUGGGGACAGGAUAGGGCCUGUUAACUCGUUGCUGAUUUUCCUAGCAAAUAAACCAGCAGGUGCUGGUCCCAGCUCCGACUUAGCACUGAGAAGAAGGUGGUGUUUGUAUGGGACAGGAUGCUUUCAUGGAGCCCUCUAGCCAGCUUAUUUUGUGACUUAAAGUGCCAAGUGUAUUUUCUGCUUGUAGGUAUUUGUUCUGCCUUGAAGCUGACAGUACCAUCUCAUACUAUCCAUGGUAUCGAGGGGCAACCACUCCAGCUCACUGUUGACUACAAUUUCAACACUACAGCUUGUGAAAUCCAAAUAAUUUGGCUGUUUGAGAAGCCUCGGAGUAAUCCAAAAUACCUGCUUGGCUCUGUAAACCAAACAGUAGUACCAGACUUGGAAUAUCAGCACAAGUUUACCCUCAUACCACCUAAUGCAUCUUUGAUGAUCAAUCCAUUACGUAUCAGUGAUGAGGGCAAUUAUAUUGUAAAAGUCAAUGUUCGUGGGAAUGGGACAGUAGCUGCCAGUGAAAAAAUUCACGUAGCUGUUGAUGUACCUGUCACACAGCCAAUUGUGCACACUGAGCCAUCUUCAGGGGUAGUGGAGUACGUGGGGAAUAUUACGUUAAAAUGUACCGUGGGAAAAGGCACAAGGGUAGUUUACCAGUGGAUGAAAAAUGGAAAGCCUCUCCAUGCUGGCCCUAAUUAUACUUUUUCAUCAAACAAUGCUACGCUUCUAAUUGUUCCUGUUGCAAAAGAAGACAUUGGGAACUACAGCUGUUUGGUGUCCAACCCUGUCAGUGCAAUGGAAAGUGAGAGAAUUGCACCAACGAUAUAUUAUGGACCUUAUGGACUCCGAGUCAAAUCAGACAAAGGUCUGAAGGUAGGAGCGGUGUUUACCGUCAGCGUAGGGGAAGCCGUACUGUUCGACUGCUCAGCUGAUUCAAACCCACCAAACACUUACUCGUGGAUUCAAAGGGCUGACAAUACCACUCAUGUAAUCCAAUAUGGACCCCACCUGGAAGUUAUGUCUGAUACGGUGGCUCAGAAGACAAGAGAUUACAUGUGCCGCGCUUUCAACAACAUGACUGGAAAACGAGAUGAGACUCACUUCACAGUGAUCAUUACCUCUGCAGGACUGGAAAAAUUGGCUCAGAAAGGAAAAUCUUUGUCAUCUCUUGCAGUAAUAACUGGAAUUUCAUUAUUUUUGAUCCUAGUUAUGAGUUUUCUAUUCAUAUGGAAAAGAUAUAAGCCACUUAAAGUGAUACAACAGAAGCUGCAGAGAAGGCCAGAGGCUGACUACAGAAAGGCACAGACAUUUUCAGGACAUGAAAGUGCUUUGGAUGAUUUUGGGAUAUAUGAAUUUGUGGCUAUUCCUGAUCAUGGCAGCAGUUCCAGGGUUUCAAGUCAGCCUGUUCAAAGCUCUGACACUGCGCCAGGCCAGGACGUACUUAGUACAGUUUAUGAAGUCAUUCAGCAUAUUCCCAAUCAGCAGCAGCAGGACCAUCAACAAUGUAUAUGAAGGCACAGAACAGGAAACCAAAGCAUCUGAAAAUACAAAACUGACCUUCUUUACUGAAAGGAAAUGUAACCACUCUAAAAAUGGCAAAGGCUUACGCCAGCUUAUCUUCAGACUUUGGGUGCUUUUUAAUUGGUAUUUUCUUGAAGAAUAUGUCUUGUUUUUCACUUUUACUUUUUUGUCCUUGUUCACGGCUACAAGAAAGCAAACGGACAGCUUAAAAAUUGUGGUAUGCAAGCCUGUGCAUUUCACUAUAAUGAUGGGAGGGAAGGACACCAAGGUAUCAAGACCACAAUGUCUCCCAUACAUUAUUUUUUUUUUUAAUGAAAAAAAAUGCAACAACAACAACAACAAAAGCAACCGUGUAUGGGUUAUUCAUUGGAGUAGAUUUUUACAAGAGGUCUCCAUGAGAAGUAAUAGAUGCAAUUUGUCAGAUUGCAAUAGACAUUUGAAGUUUAAAAUCAUUCUUUUAACUCUUUCAAUGCAACAGUAUCUUUUAAUCUACCAUCUUAGAAACUGAUCUGCAAGGCAGUUAUAGUACAAAAAUGUACAUAUGUAUAUUAUUCGAAGUAAUGUGUUCUUAUUAAAUUUUAUUUCCUUUGCACUUGAA